AUGAAAGCUGUCUUCCAAGAUUCUGGGCUUCUUCGUUGUCCCACCGAAAUUCAUUGCAUGAUCUUUAAGUUUCUGUCCACCAAAGAUUUCUACGGUUUAUUCUGGACAUGCAAGAUUUUGAAUAGGAUUUCGGAGCCGUUCAUGUACUGUGAGAUUCAAUUGAAUUGGAGGAAACAUUCGAGACCACCCCGAAUCAUUUCACUCAUCAAAAAUAUACUCUCGAGACCCUACCUAGCGAUUGGUGUAACAGGUCUCACGCUCGGUAGAAGCGGUGGCGAAUCCAUGCGUAGCAUUGCUACAAUUCGUGACAUCAGACUCACCGUGGAUGAAACUGACCUCGAACAAUUGAUUGAAGUCAUCAAGACCUUCGGCAUUGAUUAUGAAGACAUUUGGAUCGGCCAAUUGCGAAACAGAAAUAUGGACGCUUUCGUGGCCAUCUUACUGUGUAAACUCCCGAACUUGAUAUACUUUCAAUUAAAUCCGAAUUUUUCGUAUGACAGUGAAAUCAUUGGCUUAGUUCUCAGAUCGACUGUCUCCCAAGAUGGCAAUUGUGGAAUUGCCUCUUUUAAACAACUUCAGCAUGUGACCUUCAAACAGAUCACCAUAGGUCGAUUUGGACGCGGAACUUUGAACCCACAAGACAUCCUUCCGUUCUUCUCUUUUCCAAACAUUGUUUGUCUAUCGGCUACAAUUGAUGCUCCUGCAGAUUACGGCUGGCCUCUAGAUUCAAGACCCGUAGCAUCAACCGUCACGUCACUAGAUCUUGAUAUGGCAAAGGCAGGAAUGCUUUAUCACAUCCUAAGUGUUACGACCAGACUCAGGACUCUGCGCUGGAGAUGGCAUCACUAUGGCAAUUCUGGAACUACGAUCCGAUACGACGUUAUCAUGGGUGCAUUGUCACUCGUUCAAAAUACCUUGACUAACCUCACUAUCUCCGCAGAAAAUGAAGUGGUCAACGCAUAUUCUUCUUGGAUCGGAGUCACAGGAUCAUUAGAUGGACUCGUAAAUUUCAACUUUUUGAAAAGACUUGAGAUUAAUUUAGAAUUUCUACUCGGAUCUAUCUCAAGCCCGAAUGCUCGACUUCGCAUUUUUCCUCCAUCUGGCCGGACUUUACAGUUUGAACGCAUUGUACCUCAGAGCAUUGAGGUUCUCACACUCACUGAUGAUAAAGAACUAGAAUGGCAAAACUAUGUUCAUUAUCACAAGGUAGCCACGGCAAUUCAAUCUUGGCUGGGUGCUUGGGAAACUUCAACACCUCAUCUUCGAAGCAUUCGUUUUCUACUGAUGUAUGACUAUCAGGAAUUUGAUUCUACUCCCACCCGAAAUCUAUACAAACUUGAUCGCACUAUGCGAAUGCAUCUCGAUAGAUUAAGUGCGGCAACGGGGGUUGAAAUUGAAGUACGACGGAUAUAUAGAACAGAUCUUUGA